AUGAGCAGCUUAUCUGACCACGUCGACCGCAUCACCCAACUCGCUAGAUCAAUUCGCUCAGCUGCGACGUCUACCUCCUCCGUUGAGUCUGACUCUCCAUCGGGCUCAGUAGGCCCCUUCACCAAUGCGGUGCUACACACCCCGCUCGGGGAUCUCAUCCGUGAUAUCGACCCCGCGGAGCUGGGGCUCUUUACCCUGGUUCCUCCAGCGAAACCGCCCACUCAUGACACAGAUCCUCCUGUUCCGCCACACGGUGAGAUCGCGCGAGUCGAGUUCCUCGGAGCAACUCCCCUCAGGAAGCCACCUGCGCCGAAACCUGGAAGAUCGGACAUACAGAGAACAGGCGAGCACGAGCCAGAGGUAUACGCCCGUGCCGCACUGAAGUAUCUUGAUCGUUACCAGUCCAUCAGACCCAUGCCGCGUGCUUCGGAACAGGCCAUCAGGAUUGUCGAACAAUUGGCUGCAGUGCGAGAAAGUAUCCAUGGACUCAAUAAUCAAGCGAAGCAAACCGCCCCCGUAGCUCCCUCUCAGCCACCGCUUUCUCCAAAAUCUAUCUUCGCAGAAGAGGAACGUCGAAUCCAGGAUGCGCACCAGCGCAUCGCCGAGCUGAGGAAGCAUAAAGAGAGCCUCAUGAAACGGAAAUCCAAUGGCCGAACUAUCAGUCGCGCAGCCCCGAAGGCCAAGCCGAAGCCACAAACACCCCAGUCAAUGUCACCUCCGGACGAACAAGAAGAAACGUUCUGGAAUACCCCCGCAGCAGCCGCACGUACCUUGCACUUCACGGGAAACUCGCUACUUGAUGAGGAUGUCAAUGAAGAACUUGCGAAUGUGUCUGCAUUGUCCUUUGCCAGCCCUGUUCCUGCUAGGACAAAGAGUGGGAGUCUACGCGGAGGCCGACCAUCCCCUUGCUCAGACCUUAAGUUGGAAGAACGAGAGCAGGAAGAUCAAGCGUACGACAUAGGAAGCUCUGUUCAGGUUGACCUCCAACAUGCAUACGAAGGCGGUGAAGAUUUGGAUGCUGAAGUUUCGGGCGUGUUGGAUGAUGAAGGUGCUGCAGAAGACAAGGAGCAAACAGUCGUGUUACAGAGGCUACCAUCACAUCUCAAGCAGUUCCAGGACACCUCCCAACCCGAUCCAGAACCCGAUCCACGAAUGAGUUCGCCCUCAUCCUCGGGUCCUCUGCCGGCCGCUGAGACGCCUUCUGGCUCGCUGAGGCGGUCGAAGGUUAAAGUGACCACAGAACUGGAACAUAUAGUUUCGAAGAUCUGGGCAACUAUCGGGGAAGUCGUUAUGCCUGGAUGCCGCUUUGAUGUAUCGGGGGCUGGCAGCAACAGACCACCGCGUGCGAAAGAGACGAUUGCUCACCUUCAGACCCUCUCCACACUCACACCCUCACCUUCGUCACCCACCACCUCGAGCCUCUCAUCCUUUUCCACCGCUGCGAUACCUCCGGCAUCUGCUCCCUCGCAGCCAACCGCGCAGCAGAUUCUCACCGCACACAUGCUGCUGGCACUCUUGUCUACGCCGCCGCAGUACGCGAUGCCGCUCAGCCGUCUGAAAGAGACGCUCGCAACUAAGUCUGCUGCGGGUGGCGGAGCAGUUACAAGGCCGAUAUACGGGUGUGUGGCGAAGCGACUGCUCAAGAUUGAGCGGGGAGGUGGGGAGCAGAUCGUCAAGUUCGAUGUGUAG